ACCGAAGACACACGUAUUUCGUAAAGAUACCUCAGUUCACUUCUAGAACGCCGAUUAGUGAGUCGUAUCCCGUCGCUGACGUUCUUAGAUUUCACUUUCAUGUAUUUAUUGAGUUUUCUUGAGAAAAGAUGUUGCAUCUAGCAGUUUCACUCUUAGAUUCCACUUUCACGCCAUUCAUCUGAGUUUAGUGGAAUUAGUAAACUGAUGAUCAAUAACAGCCAUGAAAGUUAAAUCACGCACUUGAAAAAAUAUAUAAAUAAUCGGUGUGCACGCUGAAAGUUUCUUUUUAAAAUGAACGUUAAAACAGCGCUUUCACAACUGCUGCUUUUAUUAAUCUUCUAUGAUCACAUUACAGAUGUAACAAGCUUGAUUAUACCAGAAGAGCUUCCAACGAUAUUAUCUUUGAUAUAUUCUAAUAUUCCACCACUUAGAAAAGGAACCGAUUCCAGACUUGGCAUAGGUUUUCGAUUAGGUGAACAUGCGGAUUUUCAAAUUCUUAUUGAAUUGGGACCACAAACCGAGACAGAUCCAAUAGGUACAUCCAAUGAUGCUAAGAGACGACGAGAUGCGGCAUUCAGUGCCGCGAUGAAGGGAGAACUAGGACCAUUGGCACAAGCAGUGGCUAAAUAUCAAAUAGAACGUAAAAUUCAAAAAGAAAUGGAUAAACUUAAAGCUAUGGAGGAGAAACUUAAGAAUAUUGAACCGGAGAAUACAAAGGAUCAAGAUACUGUUUCCAGUGACUGGUUAACAAAGUGGAGGAAAGAAAUAUCGCAAUCAUCAAAAAAUAAUAUGUCAUUAAGUUCUGCAAUAAAAAGAAAUAAUAAAAAAUAAAAUAAAGAAUAUAAAAAAAUUCUGAAUAAUAAUAAUGAACUUUUUAAUUUUCUUAGACUGUUUCCUGCAGUGACUGGUUAACAAAGUGGAGGAAAAAAUAUCGCAAUUAUCGAAAAAUAAUUUGUCAUUAAGUUCUGCACUAGAUAGAGAUAAUAAAAUAGUCUAAUAAAGAAUAGAAAAAGCACUAGUUAAAUCCGUCGUUUGAAAAGAUAAAUUAUAUAUAUACACGGGUGCGCGUAUGUACAUGCUUACACACACAAAUGUGCAAGCACAUUUUAUCCUGGGAACUUGAGAUGUGGGAUAUUCUGCGGCGUCUACAAUAAGAUUUAAAACUUAAGAUUUCAAAAAAUUGACCAAUCAUAGUCGAUUAUUCAUCUCACGUGAAAAGAAUAAUCAAUUGUGAUUGGUCAAUUUUCUUAAAUCUUAAGUCUUAUUGUAGACGCCGUUUAAUUAAAGCCAUGGCACAUAGAAAAACUUAAGACCUUACGUUUCAUCAAUCAGAUUUAAAUAAUUUUGAAAGAGAUUGCGCGCACAAAUUUUGUUUAUGUAUUAAAUAUAACCUGAAAGAACUGCCGAUUGCAACAAAUAUACAAAUAUAUGUGCUAUUAAUCCUAAUCAUAUAAGGUUCGAAUAAUUUUGACAGAGGUCGCGCGUGUAGAUUUUGUUCACAUAAUUAAACAUAAUCUGAAAGUACAAUUGUAUUAAUAAUAAAUAUUAAUGUAUAAAUUAAGUAUUAAUAAUAAAAA